ACGAAGGGCACUUCGUCGUUCGGCAAGCGGCGCAACAAGACGCACACGCUGUGCCGCCGCUGCGGCUCCAAGGCCUACCACCUGCAGAAGUCCAUGUGUGGCAAGUGUGGCUACCCCGCGAAGCGCAAGCGAAAGUAUAACUGGAGUGCCAAGGCAAAGAGACGCAACACCACGGGUACGGGUCGCAUGAGGCACCUGAAAAAGGUCUACCGUCGAUUCAGGAAUGGAUUCCGUGAGGGGACCACACCGAAGCCCAAGAGAGCAGCUGUUGCCGCCUCCAGUUCUUCGUAAAGACUCAUCUGUUUGCUAAAAAUAAAUGGUCUUAUUCAGAAAAAAA